GCAGCGCGCGCCGCGGACGCCCGCACCGGCCGCACCGCAGUGUCGAGCAGGAGCCCGCCAUGCCUGGCCCGCGCCUCUCCCGCGCCGCCUGACAGCAUGGCCCAUCCGACCGCCACCACCACACGCAGCCACGCUCUGACCACGGUUGGCGGCAGCGCAGGAGGCGGCGGGCGCGCAGGCUCGCGCGGCGCCAGCUGAUACCAUGGGCGGCGCGCACCAGCCCGCUACUCCGGGGCCCAGCUCACUCUUUAUAUUCUCCGACGAAAAUCCUAUACGGAGGUAUACAAAGUUCAUUAUCGAGUGGCCGCCUUUCGAGUACGCGGUGCUGCUCACCAUCAUCGCCAACUGUGUGGUGCUGGCGCUGGAGGAGCAUCUGCCAAACGGCGAUAAGACCAUCUUAGCACAGAAUCUGGAAAAGACCGAGGCGUACUUUUUAGGAAUAUUUUGUGUAGAAGCCUCGUUAAAAAUUUUAGCCUUAGGUUUUGUUUUACACAGGGGAUCGUAUCUUAGAAACGUUUGGAACAUAAUGGAUUUUUUCGUUGUAGUAACUGGGUCGAUGACGAUUUUCGCCGAAUACAACGUGGACGUUGACCUGCGGAUGCUGCGCUCGUUCAGAGUGCUUCGACCGCUCAAGCUCGUCUCGCGGAUACCAAGUCUGCAAGUUGUGUUGAAGUCCAUCAUCAAGGCGAUGGCCCCGUUGCUACAGAUAGGCCUUUUGGUGCUUUUCGCAAUUGUCAUAUUCGCCAUAAUUGGCCUCGAGUUUUAUUCAGGGGCUCUCCAUAAGACUUGCUAUAGUUUAGAAGAUAUUAAUGAAAUAGUUAACGAUGGAGACAAUCCAACGCCGUGCAACGCGGACAACGAAACGCUCGCCCCGUACGGCGCGCACGUGUGCACGUACGACAAGAGCACGUGCCUCGAGAAGUGGGAGGGGCCCAACAGGGGGAUCACGUCGUUCGACAACAUCGGCUUCGCUAUGCUCACGGUCUUCCAGUGUAUCACUAUGGAGGGCUGGACUGCCAUCCUUUAUUGGACGAAUGACGCAUUAGGUAGUACGUUCAACUGGAUUUACUUUGUGCCUCUCAUAGUAUUGGGUUCAUUCUUUAUGCUCAACUUAGUUCUCGGUGUUCUUAGCGGAGAGUUCUCUAAUGAAAGAACUCGUGUCGAACGUCGAGCUCAGUUUCAAAAGGAAAGAGCAAGGCAAAUGUUCAAUCAAGACUUCACGGGGUACAUUAACUGGAUUACAGAAGCAGAGGAAGUUAUAUUAGCUGAAGAAAGAACAACAGAAGAAGAAAGGAUGCAUAUAAUCGAAGCUCGAAGAAGAGCAGCAGCAAAGAAAAAGUUAAAAAAUCUAGGGAAAAGUAAAAGUACUGAUACGGAAGAAGAAGAACAGGAUGAAGAUUGUGGAGAUGACGUUCCAAAGAAAAAGCAAGGGUUUUUGAAAAGCAAAACGCGAUCAGCCGGCAAGUGCGCGGACUUCUGGAGAGCGGAAAAAAGGUUUCGCUUCUGGAUCCGGCACACUGUUAAGACGCAGUGGUUCUACUGGUUCGUCAUCGUUUUGGUGCUCUUCAACACAAUAUGCGUAGCUGUUGAGCACUAUAGGCAACCUAAGUGGCUUACUUCAUUUUUAUACUAUGCCGAAUUUGUGUUCUUGGGGUUAUUCAUGAUGGAGAUGUGGGUAAAAAUGUAUGCUUUAGGUCCUCGUAUUUACUUCGAAUCGUCAUUUAACCGCUUCGAUUGUGUUGUCAUUUCGGGCUCCAUCUUCGAAGUGGUCUGGUCCGAGGUAAAAGGAGGCUCAUUUGGUCUGUCAGUCCUGAGGGCUUUAAGAUUGUUAAGGAUAUUUAAGGUCACAAAAUAUUGGUCGUCACUUCGUAACCUUGUGAUAUCUCUUUUGAAUUCAAUGAGAUCAAUCAUCUCUCUAUUGUUUCUCCUAUUCUUGUUCAUUCUUAUCUUUGCACUUCUCGGAAUGCAAUUAUUUGGUGGACAAUUUAAUUUUGAAGAAGGUACACCACCAACCAACUUCAAUACGUUCCCCAUCGCUUUACUCACUGUCUUCCAGAUCUUAACAGGGGAGGAUUGGAACGAAGUAAUGUAUUUUGGUAUCCAAUCUCAAGGAGGUAUUCAAAAGGGGAUGUUGUAUUCGUUAUAUUUUGUCAUCCUUGUAUUGUUCGGGAACUAUACACUGCUGAACGUGUUCCUUGCUAUCGCUGUUGAUAACUUGGCCAAUGCUCAGGAAUUGACCGCAGCUGAGGAGGAACAGGGCGAGGAGGACAAGGAGAAACAAUCUCAGAAGGAAGAGGCCAAAAAAGAGGAUGAGGAAGUACCAGAUGGACCAAAACCAAUGCUGCCAUAUUCGUCCAUGUUUAUUUUGUCACCUACGAAUCCAAUUAGACGAGGCGCACACUGGAUUGUAAAUUUAAGAUAUUUUGAUUUUUUUAUCAUGGUAGUUAUAUGUAUGAGCUCCGUGGCGUUAGCAGCUGAGGAUCCCGUAGUUGAAGAUAGUGACAGAAACAAAGUGUUGAACUACUUCGACUACGCGUUCACGGGCGUGUUCACGGUGGAGAUGCUGCUGAAGAUAGUGGACCUCGGCAUCCUGUUCCACCCGGGCGCGUACCUGCGCGACCUGUGGAACAUCAUGGACGCCGCCGUCGUUAUAUGCGCCCUUGUCAGCUUCGGUUUCGAAAUCGGAGGCAUAAAGAAAGGGGCGGGGCAGAAUCUGUCCACAAUAAAGUCGUUAAGAGUGUUAAGAGUGCUCAGACCUUUAAAAACUAUUAAACGUGUUCCCAAGUUAAAAGCAGUGUUUGACUGUGUUGUGAACUCUUUGAAAAAUGUCAUAAACAUUCUCAUUGUGUACAUAUUGUUUCAAUUCAUAUUCGCUGUAAUUGCAGUUCAACUUUUUAAUGGUAAAUUUUUUCACUGCAACGAUAUUAGUAAGAACACUUUUGAAGACUGCCAAGGGUCGUAUUUCGAGUACGAGUCGAACAGCCUGCUGCCGCGCGUCAGCAAGCGCCAGUGGACGACGCAAUCCUUCCACUACGAUAACGUCGCGAGCGCGAUGCUCACGCUGUUCGCGGUGCAGACCGGGGAGGGGUGGCCACAAGUAUUACAAAAUUCGAUGGCCGCCACGUACGAAGAUAGGGGACCUAUACAAAAUUUUCGAAUAGAAAUGUCCAUAUUUUACAUAGUUUACUUCGUGGUGUUUCCGUUCUUCUUCGUUAACAUAUUCGUAGCUUUGAUUAUUAUUACGUUUCAAGAACAGGGUGAAGCUGAAUUGCAAGAUGGCGAAAUAGAUAAAAAUCAGAAAUCGUGUAUAGAUUUCACAAUAGAAGCGCGACCUCUAGAGAGGUAUAUGCCAAGUAAAAGGGGGAGUAUUAAGUACAAAGUAUGGAGAAUAGUUGUCUCUACGCCUUUCGAGUAUUUCAUCAUGGCGUUGAUUGUUCUCAACACGUUAUUGCUUAUGAUGAAGUACUAUAACCAAAAUGACCUCUACGCGGAUAUCCUAAAGUAUUCAAAUAUGGGGUUCACUGGUAUGUUUUCCGUGGAAACUGUGUUGAAAAUCAUCGCUUACGGUGUCAAAAAUUUUUUCAAAGACCCUUGGAAUACAUUUGAUUUCAUUACGGUCAUUGGAAGUAUAAUUGAUGCCCUAAUCAUGGAAUUCGGCAGUGACCUUGCUGAAAACUGUGCUGACAUAUCCUGUCAGCAGGAAAACACGUUCAACGUCGGUUUCCUCCGCCUGUUCCGAGCCGCGCGACUGAUCAAGCUGCUCCGACAGGGCUACACCAUCCGAAUACUUCUCUGGACAUUCGUGCAGAGUUUCAAAGCCUUACCCUAUGUGUGCCUUCUCAUCGCGAUGUUAUUUUUCAUCUAUGCCAUCAUUGGAAUGCAGGUGUUUGGAAAUAUAGAAUUAGCAGCAGAGUCUGAUAUGAAUAGACACAAUAAUUUUCGGAGUUUCAUCCAAGCUCUUAUGUUAUUAUUUAGAUGUGCAACGGGAGAAUCUUGGCCAAACAUUAUGUUGGCGUGUCUCAAACCUGCCAAAUGUGAUAGGGAAGCCGGAAAGCCACCGAGCGAAGUGUGCGGGAGCACGCUCGCGUACGCAUAUUUUGUUUCUUUCAUAUUCUUCUGUUCGUUCCUGAUGUUGAACUUGUUUGUUGCCGUUAUUAUGGAUAAUUUUGACUACUUGACAAGAGACUCGUCGAUUCUCGGUGCCCAUCAUCUUGACGAGUUUGUUAGGAUAUGGGCUGAAUACGAUCCAAAUGCAACGGGGAAAAUUCAUUAUACAGAGAUGUAUGAUAUGUUAAAAAACAUGGACCCACCGCUUGGGUUCGGUAACAAAUGUCCCAAUAGAUUAGCAUAUAAAAAAUUAAUUAGGAUGAAUAUGCCACUAGACGAAGAAGGGAAAGUAAAUUUUACAACCACACUUUUUGCGUUGAUUCGCGAAAAUUUGAGUAUAAAAAUGAGAUCAGCGGAAGAAAUGGACCAAGCCGACGAAGAACUCAGGGAAACAAUAACCCGCAUUUGGCCGCUCCAAGCGAAGAAAAUGCUUGACUUGCUGGUGCCUCGAAGUGAUGUUCUCAAUGCUGGAAAACUAACUGUGGGCAAAAUAUACGCAGGACUUCUUAUCCUGGAGAGUUGGAGAUCGACUAGGUUUGGCCAGACUGAACCACAGGGCGUUCCGGCAUUCAGCGAGAAUAGCCCUACGGCCAAUCAGCCGAAGGCGUCCUUCUUUAACUGCUUGCUGGAUGUGGCUGCGACGGGCCUGGGCCACGGCUCGCGGACUGGCUCGCUAAGUCAAGAAGGACAAGCUAUCACUGUACCGACAACUGAAAACCAUGUAGAUGAUCCGCACACUUUAGCUGACCUCGCAAGACGUAGCACACGGAAGUCUCACAAAAACAACAAAAAGGUCUUGGAGUUGCAGGAUGUGGGAUCACACCACGCCUCAAUGGAAUCUUUAGACGAGGCGAGGUUACAAGCGCCUCAUGCGUAUCAAAACGGACACCACGGGAGAUCAUCUAGCUUAAGUGCCGUCGAAGAUGUCAUAGCUCUGAAAUUUAUCGUAGUAGAAGGGGACGUACACCAAGUCCGAGAAGACGGCAUUACGGAGGCUACCAUCACGAAAUCGGCUUUUCCGACACAGUGAAUAAUGUCGUGGAGAUAGUCAAACAUGAACACCACAGGCACGGACGUACACACAGGGCUCCACAUCAUUACCAUCCGCAUGUCUGGGCACCCAUAGGUGGCGACCGGGAGCGUGACCGGGAGCGCGAGUGGCGCGAGUGGCGCGACCGCUCGUGGGAGCGCGAGGGCGCGCGCCGCGGCCGCGGCCGCCAGCUGCCGCCCACGCCCACCAAACCGUCC